GCACGGGACGGCCCUGCCGCGGGCCGACGAGCCGCUCCGGCCGGUCCGACCGGCUCCCGCGGCCCGAUCGGCUCGGCCGUCGCCCUCUCCGAGUGGCCUUCCGCCGCGGCGGGUCGGGUGGAAGGCCGCACCGGGACAGGCGGCGCCGCGGGGAGCCCCGGGGCAGCCGGCGGAGUUGGCGGAGCGGACCUGGAGAGCGGCGCGGUACUGGGGGCUCGACCGGGCCCGCGGCUCCGGGCAAGGCCCUGUCGCCCAGCAGCGGAGCCGUGAGGAUGAGGGGCUGGAUCCCACCCGCGCUCUGCCUGGCCGCGGCCCUGGCUGCGCUGCUGCCCACCACCUGCGCCCGCCGGAGCCAGGACCUGCACUGCGGAGCGUGCCGGGCACUGGUGGACGAGCUGGAGUGGGAGAUCGCCCAGGUCGACCCCAGGAAAACCAUCCAGAUGGGCUCCUUCCGGAUCAACCCCGACGGCAGCCAGUCAGUCGUGGAGGUGCCCUAUGCCAGGUCAGAGGCACAUCUGACGGAGCUGCUGGAGCGGGUGUGUGAGAAGAUGAAGGAAUACGGAGAAAAAGUGGAUCCGUCCACACACCGGAAGAGUUAUGUCCGGGUGAUCUCCCACGAUGGGACCAAGAUGGACCUCUCUGGGGUCAAAAUCGAUGGAGACGUGGCUUCUAGCCUGAAAUUUGCGUGUGAGAGCAUCGCCGAGGAGUAUGAGGAUGAACUCAUCGAAUUCCUUUCCCACGAGGCUGACAAUGUCAAGGACCGGCUUUGCAGCAAGCGGACGGACCUGUGCGACCACGCGCUCCACAUCCCACAUGACGAGCUGUGAUGCAGACAGUCCCGGCUGCCUCCGGAGGACGGUGCCGACCUGCCCCGGCGGCCUCGCGGGACCAGGACGGCACUGGGCUCCCUCUGGCCGUCCCCUACCUCUUGGUUCACCUCAUCCCCACUGACCCUGCUGGGACGGGCAGAUGUGCCGGGGAAGACCGUGACUCCGGAGCCGGCACAGACGCCGCCUCACCCCCUCUGGUGCUCUCAUUCUAUUUAUUCACUGUCCGUCCGCUGCAGCUGCGGUGCUGGGGGCACCGGCACGCCGGUUCUUCUCCCCAACGGGGCGGCCACGGGGGCCGGGGCCGCAUCCUCGCUCCUGCUGGGACGUUCCUGCGGGCACACUGCCAGCCCAGGCUCUUCCUGAGCCGCUGCCGGGGGACACAGCGGGGGAUACCGGGGCUCAGCUGCCUGCACUGGGGGAGGGGGGUGGUCGGGCAUCCGGGGCCGGUUUUGGGAACCCCCCUCCCUGCUGCAGGCAAUAAAGGGGCUGCGCGGCAGCCGUGCCGCAGGCCCACCCGAGGGCAGGUCUCA